CCAUUUAUUUAUUGCUGGCUAGCAACAACAGUCAGCUGUUGAAUUACUCCAGUUUUUGUUGCUUCUUUGAGAGACGAAUACGAAUAAAUGGGAAAGCUAGGCGCACCAGACUUUUCCCUCGAUGUCAAGGGACAAAUUGUUGGAAUGUGGAGAGCAGGAUAUCGGACAGUAGAUAUUGUUAGAGAUCUCAAUGUCAGCUUUCGUACUGUCAAGAGAUACAUAACAUGUUUCAAUGAGGAAGGAAAUGUCGCGACUCACCCACGUUCUGGAGCUCCUCGAGUAACGACUGAAGCGAUCAGACGUGCCAUAGUUGGUGUUGUUGAGGACUCUGGUUUCGUUACUGCUGGACGGAUUAGAAGACAGCUCCAACUGCCCAUCUCCGACCAAACAGUACGUAAAUGUCUUCACGAAGGUGGUUACCACGGUCAUAAACCUGCAAAAAAACCAAGAAUGACACAGGCACACAAAGAUACUCGUGUGCAGUUCGCACAACGACAUCUUCACUGAGACCAAGAGUGGAAUCAGAUGGUUUUCGUUGACGAAAAGAUAUUUGGUACGGACGAAACUGGCAGAGUUACACUCUGGCGGCCAAGUAACACUCGAUAUUUAGAUCGCAAUCUACUCCAUCAAUGGAGACAAGGACGAGUAACUGUGUCCAUGUGGGGCUCGAUGACUGCUCUUGGUAUGGGGGACAUAGUGAUAGUACGUGAAAGAAUGAAUGGCGAAGAUUAUCUGAGAAUUCUUCAGGAGGUGAUGUAUCCACACGCUCAACAAUGGUUCCCAGAAGGGAGGAUAAAUUUGGUUCAAGACAAUGCAGGUCCCCAUAGAGGCUUGAUUGUCAGAAACUGGAUUGAAGAUCAAGAGCGUCUCCACUGCCUCCAGUGGCCUGCACUAUCUCCGGAUUUGAACCCAAUUGAGCAUGUGUGGGCUCUUUAUCAACAAAAUUGGGACAAUCAAGAGAGAAUUCGGGAUUAAGAGAGCCUCAUUGAUUAUAUUGUUCAACACUGGAGGGACUUGAGGGAAGACAGGGAAUUCUUCUAUAAUCUCGCGCAAAGCAUCCGUCGUCGAUUACAAGCAGUGAUAGACAGCAACGGUGCUCCUACCCGUUAUUAAUUAUAUGUAUCAGAAUUCUCCACAAUAAGUGCCACUGUAAAAAUUUAUUGAGCAUUGUUUUAUUCAGCGAUCAGUGAAAAAAUUCAAGGUGAGCAGAUCUCAUGCGGAAAAAAUCAUAGAAAAACGUAACAAAUUCGUUAGGAAGUUCCAUUGAAUUUCACAGGAUUAUUAUUAAAAACUCUAUUAAUUUUUCAACAACUUCAUUUGGAUAAAAUGCAGCUUAUCUGCGCAUUAUUUUCAGCGGAAAACGAUUGAUUGAAAAUACUUUAUAGGAAAAAUCAAUGUAAUUGAAUAUUUCUACACAACUCAUUAUAUUGAAAAUUUUUCCAUAGGAAUGCCUCAGUCAAAAUUUUCAUAUUUUUCUAAUUUUAUUUUUUGAUGAGACCCUAAAAAUAAUGAAAAAAUUGAAAAAAUUUGUCGAGGUUGUUUUUCUAGGGAAUAUCUCAAUAUAGUACGUUUUAUAAAAACAUCAAAUUAUGCUGAUUUUUUCUAUAAAAUAUAUUUUUUGAGCAUUUUCUAUUGAAGAAAGGCGCAGGAGAAUUGUGGAAGUUAUCAAUAAAAUCGGUAGAAAACUGAUAGAAUUUUCAAUGAAACACGAAAACAUUCAUAGAAAAAUCAAGGUAAUUCGAUAGAAAAUUCUAUUAUUUUUUGGUCGAUUCUUUUGAAUAAUUCCACAGCUUCACUGCGUAUUUUUUCAUAGAAAAUGUCCCAUAGUAACCAUUUUUAUAGAGAAAAUUUGCACAAUUUCAUAUUUUUAUACGACUUUUUCUAUUCAGACAUUUUCUGUGGGCCUAAAUUCUUCGACUGGAAUUUUCUGAUAUUUUUAUACUCUUUUCAUUCAAAAAAUUCAAUAAAAAAACUUAGAAAAUUAGAACUAUGAAAUCG